AUGAGUCGAUCACGUUGUGGUAACAAGGAUCCACCGCUCAGUUUCUCGAAAAAUACUGUUAGAUCAUUAGGAUUAAAAUGGUCACGUUCAACAUUGACCUGGUCGCUGAGAAACUAUUCACCACGUAUUGGUGCAGCAGAGUCACAAAGAAUCAUUCAGCAAGCAUUCGACGCUUGGUUUCAACACAUCCCAUUGGAUGUCAAGCAAGUUUGUUCAACGUGCCCGGCGAAUAUCGUUAUUGAUUUUGGUUAUAGAGAUCACGGUGAUGGUUAUCAUUUUGAUGGACCAGGUGGAACGUUGGCACAUGCCUAUUAUCCCGAAGAUGGUCGAAUACAUUUCGACAUGGAUGAGCCAUGGACCAAUAGUUACGAUGGAUACAACAUCAAUCUCUAUGUCGUUGCUGUUCACGAGAUUGGACAUGCGCUUGGCGUAGAACAUGUGUUUGAAAAAACUUCGAUAAUGUAUCCCAGGUAUCAGCUAAUGAAAAACACGGAUAUUUUGCCGCAGUUCGAUCGGAUUAUAAUUCAACAAAAGUAUGGAUCAGCCUUUAAAACAACCAAACCUACCACGACGAAGAAAACGACUCAAUUGAUACACAUAGUAAAAAAUACUCAGCCGACACGCAUAACUAAAACCACGACCAAAAUGAGAGCGACCACUCGAUUCACUAAGACUUCUUCAUCAAUAAACAAGUUGUCUUGUCAGCAGUUCAUCGAUGCAGGAUUUGACUUUCCAAACAAUACAUUUCAUGCGUUGGAUACUGGAAUGCUCAGGCGCUAUUUACCCAAUAAGAAAAAGUGGGACACACAGGUCACACCCUACGAACGUAUCUACCAUCGUUUACCGAAUCGAAUAUCUGGUGGAGCUUAUGAUUUCGCCACCCGCGAGGUCCUCAUUUUCACUAGUACACGCGUUUAUCGAUACAAAAUUCAACCACGUUCCUAUCAAGUCAAGUAUCACCGUGAUGAUUCUCUGCCGGAUCAUUUACAAAGUGUCAUUGUUGGUGCGAUUUACUAUCAGGAUGGAAUUCAGGUUAUCAAAGCGAAGAGCUUACAGUCAUUGAAUAUAGAGCAUUUGCAGCGAAAACCGACCGAAAGAAAACUCAGCCAAGAAUUUCCAGGGUUGUCCGGUUCGGUUAGAGCGGCAUUCACAUCUGGUUAUAUGCAUUAUUUCUUCACCAGUGAUCGAUUGGUCUACGUCUGGGAUGAACAAUUCAAUCAAUGGAAAACAUUCGCUAAACCGAUGUCAAAAACUUGGUUUGCGUGUAUGAAGGAAAAGUGACAAAACGAAAAAAGAAAAUGAAAUUAGCUAUUUAUUUGUUCUACAAGAACAAUGAAUUGAAAACAUUGCAUGAAACAAGAGAAUGUUCUUUUUUUCUCGUUCGCUUACAUCGAUAUCAUUUUGCACAAAGGCGAACAAAUGAGAAAAAGACUAGAAGAAUAAAAGAGAAAAAAGAAAUGAUCUGUAAUGUCUCAAAGCUUAUAUAAAACAGCAUUAAUAUGCACACUUUGUAGGAGUACAACUAUCCCUCACUUCCCAUAAAAACUAGGCAUUUGAUAUCUGUAGAUCUCUCAAGAUCGAAGUUUGAUACAAGACGAAUUCUGAUAAAGUCUUGAAAUGAUCUCAACAAGUAGACACACAAUGAUAGGUGCAGCUUCCCAAGCUAUCGAUUUUAUGGUGUGAGUGUGGGUUGUGGGUAUCUAUUCUCUGUUCAGAUCUCACACCCGCACCCUUCAUGAAGAAAAAGUUUCCAACAACCACAUUUUUUUUUGUAAACAAAAGUUUCAUGCCAAAAAUCUAAGCUCUCAAAUCAUGAGAAAUAUUUGCUUCAAAGCAACAGAAACUUGUAUUUGGUGUAACCUUUAAUGCUCUUUCGAAUAAGAUAACUCAUUUCAAAAAGUAAAAUUUUUCGACAAUGAAUUUGAGUGGUGUUUUCAUGGAUCCUCGCUUAAUCCUUUUUAUUUGACUUGAUAUAACCUUUUUUUAUUUUUCCAUAGAAAUUAAAGGUUAACUUAUUUUGAUUAUAGAAGAGAGCAUCUCUGAUUUUAUAAUCGAUUCCAACCGCCUUCAUUCGGAUGCUUUUGCUAGUGGAAGUUUGAGAUCUUAUGCUCUAUCAGUAGUGUUUGCAUUUGAUUGUGUAACAAAGAUGUGCAUGAUGAUAACAAAAUUUGUUAUUGUACUCGGUUUCAGAAGAAGAAGAGUAUAGGUAGCACUUUUGCAUCUAUAACCGAACAAGUUCUUUGCAAGCAUACUAGUCUGCUCGUCUUCUAUACUUUUAUUUCUAUAUCUAAUUUUAUUGUCAUGACAUUUUUAACGUAAUGGAGUGUGAAAUAUGGUAGCGAUCGAGUAUUUGUUAGUUUGAUAAUGAAUCUUUUUUAAGAGCUUGACAAAAAAGUUUUAAAGGAUAUUUAAGUGGCACUGAAAAAUGAGAAAGUAAGUCAAAGACUCGUUGAAAAAUCUAGCCCAUUACUUCUAACAUGCUCAUCUAUGAGAUGAAAUCAGUAUGGUAAGAGUUAUUUUUUGUAGAUCAGAUAAAGGAAUGAUGAAGUUUGCACUAAGAUAAAAUGUGUUGCAAAUGUACGAUACAUUAAAAUGCGACAUGAAUUGUUCGAAUCCAUUUUUCGGCACGUGGAUUCUUUUUUUGAAAAUUCGAAUGAUUCGUAUUUUUUCAGUUAAAUUCAUAUUAGUAGUAUUUAUUCUUGGAUUUCAAGAUGGCUAAGUGUUAAGAUCUAUUCGUUUUGAGACUAUCUGAUCUUGAUUGAACCUCUCUGAGGCAGUUCAUUCUGGGCUAUCUAGCGAUCGCUCGAUAUAUUCUCAAAUAAGAAAUGGUCGAGAAAUAAGUUAGGAAAAAAGUUUACAAAAAUGUAUAAAUUAAGUACGUCCCGUUGUCUCGGUUAUAUAUAGCUGCACACGCCGAACAAAACGAUGAAUGACUCGAUAGUAUACAUCAUCAUCAUCUGUAGCGUAUCCUACUGGACGCUAUUUUUGCUACGAGACUACGCCAUUUCUGUCUGUCUUGGGCAUUUUUCCAGGCGGAGAAGAGAUCUAGGUUGAAUGGACGUAGGUUGUCUUCGAUGGAGCGGAUUCACAUGGGGCAUGGUCUGUCUCGAGAACGCUCCCAUCCACGUAGUGGCCCAUUAAUGCCUGCUUGUAGUGCUCUAGUGUGGUCGGGGAGACGAUUGCUCCUAGCUAUAUGUCCAGAUUGUCGCAGUCGUCUGCUUCUGAUAGACUCGCUGAUCUCAGGUUGUCCGGUAUGUUCGCGGACUUCUUUGUUCGUGAUGUAUUUCGUGUAUGGUAUGUGGAGAAUUCAUCUAAGACACCAGUUAUUGAAAGCGUCUAAUUUAUUCUGGACCGAGUCAGUUAUUGUCCAGUUCUCCGCGCCAUACAGGAGGACUGGUAGUAUAUAGCAGUUGUAAAGACGGAUUUUGGUCUGUAGCAAUAUGCUUGAGUACCAGAUAGGUUUGUCCAGUGCCUUCAUGCAGUUCCGAGCGAUUGCAAUAUUUUUGAUGAUUUCUGGUACGCUGCUACCCGUUCUGUGAAUCGUGCAACCUAGGUAGACGAAUGAGUCGACCACUUCCACAUUUUGGUCGCGUAUAGAUAGUGUGUUGUUGUUAGUCAGUUCGGUUUCGGUUUCUCGAAUUUUUGUCUUUGGCCAGUUGUUUUCUAAGGCCGGCGGGCGAGCUUCAUGCUGCAUGACCUCCAAUACCAGCAGAAGUGCUUCUACAGUCUCAGCUAGAAGUGCUACGUCGUUCGGAAAGCCCAAAUCGGUAAAUACUUCAUUAUCCAGUGUAGCAUCAAGCAGUCCUCAGUGCACGGUUUGUUGGAGCAGCCAGUUCAUUGGUGCCAGAAACAAAUCCGGAGCAAUUGUUCAUCCUUGUCGAACGCUGCCUUGCGAUCAAUGUAGGCGAUCCAGAGAGAACGGUUGUACUCGCGUCAUAUUUGAAGCAGAGUAAGUAAUGUGAAAAUUCUGUCCACCGUUGAUCGGCCUGGGGUGUAGCCGCUUUGUUCGUUCCUACAUUUAGCCAAAAGCAAGUCCUUCACUCUUGACAACAGAAUUCGCGCAAAUAGUUUGCCGUGGCAGGGUAGUAAUGUAAUGCCUCUGAAGUUUUUGCACUCCUGCCUGUUACCUUUCUUUUUGUAGAAUGGUAUAAUAAUGCCUUUUUUUCCAAUCUGAUUGUAUGACUCCGGAAAGCCAGACAUCCUGGAAGAUAUUGGUUAGCCAGAUACUACAGUCGACGUCUCCAGUUUUCAUCAUCUCGGAGUCGGGUGCGUUCAGCCGGUUAAAAAGUCCAGCGUAAUAGUUGCGCCAACAUUCCAAUUUUCGUGGUUUGUCACUGAUUAGGUUCCCAUUUGCGUCGAGGUUUGGGCUGCUGACGGGUCUGGUGGCCUUAGCUAAUCGUCGAAAGUUAGCGAAUGCGUCUCUCACUUCACCUACGAUGAGUGCCGUCUCUCCAUCUCUCGCCAUGUUGCCAGCCCAUUGUUGUCGAUCCAAUUUUAGAUUUUCCUUGCACUGUUUGUUCAAUGUUUUGUAUUCAUCAUGCUUGCUGAGAAGUCUUGCUUGUCUCUUUUUCUCAACCAAUGUGAGGGUGGUCUUGCUGACCCGCGGCUUCUUCAUUUGUUUGCGCAUGCCUAAUUUUUGGGCUGCCACAUAGUUUAAUGUUUCCUGAAAUCUGUCCCAGCUCGAGGUCUCUUCGGUCGCUAGUGUGGCGAAGCGGUUGCUUAUGUCCACUGCAUAUUGAAACUGCACCGCAGGAUCUUCCACCUUCUUGAUGUUAUAACGUAAUAUAUGUGAUUUUUUUCUCGCUUGUGCGUUUUAGCCUCAGCGACAUCGUAGCGAUUACAGGUCGGUGGUCUGGGUCGAAUUUCAGACUACGGUAGACGCAGCAAUCUUGCAGGGUAGACCAUUUAGUGUUGACCAAAAUGUGGUCGAUUUCCUUGACAGUCACCUCGUCGUUUGAGAACUAUGUGUACCUGUGUAUAUCCUUACGCUUGAACUAUGAACCACCAAUUCUUAGCCCAGCUUCCAAACAGAACUUCAGUAGUCUCUCUGUGUUGUUGUUUGGAGUGCCACUUCCAUACGGAUCGAUAACGUGUUUCAUAUUGAUACUUAAUGUUCCCAUGACAGUGUUGAAGUCACCGAGACAGACGAUGAGGUCGCUUUGAUGUAUCGGCUUCGUUGCUUGUUCAAUUUGCUGAUAGAAGGCAUCUUUGUCAAUGUCGCUCGUCUCGUUUGUGGAAGCGUACGCUACUAUUAUUGAAAGAUAGUCAAAGUUGUGUUUGAAUUUGACCGUCAACAGUCUUUCACUGAUUGGGUGCCAUGAGAUCAUAGCUGCGAUGGCGGUCUGAUUGAGUGCAAGAGCUACUCCUGCAGACCAUAAAAUUGUAUAAGAGCCACAUGUUGUUUCAUCGAUACCGAGCCAGCGUACUUCUUGGAGAGCCAUCAUGUUGAUCUUUGCUUUCUCAAAUUCUGAGACGAGGAUGGCAGCCGCAUCUGUUUCUAGGAACGUUCUUAUAUUCCAUGUACCAGUACGAAAUAGUUUCUUAGACGGAAAUCAUUUUGUUUGAAGAUUUUAAGGGUUGAAAGGAUUUCGCCUGAUGACGACCGAGUAGACCUUACUUCCGACCCUGCCGGAUGCGGGUUCCACUCUUGAUGGUCGGGAUAUGUUUACGUCGUUGAUCGUGACAGUAUUUUGGUUUCGUCUCAUAGUGAAUUACGUAGGCAGAAAAUUUCCUUUCUUCCUUAUCGGGAGAACGCAGGUAAGGUAACUGACGGUUUACAAAGAAGAUCUUCGUGUCCACUCUUGACCGGUUAUCUGGUCACUGCCUGUGUUAGCCAUCGUUUUCAAGGUUCUCGUUGAAUCUGUCCACUUCGCGUAGCGCUCUAGGUGAUUCUUCAGCCGGAGCUUUCAUCACUGAUGGCAUAGCCUCAACAAGCAGUCCCGUACUUCAGAUGUUCGUCUCCACACCACGACGAGGUACUCGAUGGGUUUUGAGGGGGAAUAGUAUAUAGACUAUGAGACAUCUAUAUUGGAUCAAGAAGAAAACAAAGAGCAGGCACAUGGAAUCUUUGAUGCUAUUAUUCGUCUUAAUCUAAUAACAUUUGAUAGAACGUAUGUCAAAGGGGAUGGUAGAAGUGAAAUAUCACAAGGAAAGUGGAUGAAAAAAUAUGAUGAAACAG